AUGGAGGUCACGAACACUCCUUCCGGACAGCCUACGCGGGCUAAAUCAAAUAAGCCUCAAGAUUUCAAGCCGCGCCUUCUUCUGAUGGGACUCCGUCGGAGCGGAAAGUCAUCUAUUGCUAGCGUUGUCUUUCAUAAGAUGCCCCCGAACGAAACCCUAUUUCUAGAGUCCACCACACGCAUCCAGAAAGAUUCAGUCCACUCGUUUAUGGACUUCCAGGUGUGGGAUUUUCCUGGUCAGUUCGAAUAUCUCGAGUCGUCAUUUGAUCUCGAGGAAAUAUUUGGAAGCCACGGCGCUCUUGUUUGGGUUAUAGAUGCGCAAGAUGACUAUCUAGAGUCUGUUACUCGGCUCAACCGUACCAUCCUGACAGUCCAGCAGUAUUAUCCCAAUAUCAACAUUGAAGUGUUUAUUCACAAGGUGGACGGACUCUCAGAGGAGUACCGCACGGACACAUUCCAAGACAUUGUCCAGCUUAUCUCUGAUGAGCUCAGCGAUGCUGGAUACGAGAAUGCACCUGUCCACUACUAUCUAACCUCAAUCUACGACUAUUCGGUUUUUGAAGCUUUCAGCAAAGUUAUUCAGAAGCUCAUCCCCAAUCUGUCUACUUUGGAGAACCUGAUCAACACCUUAUCAAACAAUUGCGGCUUUGAAAAGAGUUAUCUAUUUGACGUCCUGAGCAAGAUAUAUAUUGCCUCCGAUACUCGACCUGUCGAUAUGUCCUGUUACGAGAUGUGCUCGGAUUAUAUCGAUGUGAUCGUAGAUAUCUCCGAGCUUUACUCGUGGGAUCACCCUGACCGCAAGCCAAAAGGCGACCAGAACCAGGAAGCCGAAAGUCAUGUUGCACUGCAUGAUGAAACUAUGAUCCAUUUAAUGGAAAUGAACAAGUAUCUCUGCCUUGUCUCUGUCAUCCGCAACCCCGAGUCCAAGGAAAAGAAGGGUUUAAUUGACAUGAACUGUCGCACAUUCCAACAGGCCCUGAACGAUGUGUUUUCUCGCAGCUGGGAACAGGAUCAGGAAGCAGAACGCAGUCAGGAUUCAGCGGAACAGCCACAUGUGGGCGAGCCGCCCACAAACAACUUUUUGACUUUAUGA